AUGGUAUUAGACUUGUCGUUCAAUUCUCUAAUUGGACCACUCUCAGAAGGUAUUGGUAAUAUGAAAGUUGCCACAUAUAUAGAUAUAUCGAACAACCAUUUAUCUGGUAUUAUACCAAGCAGCAUUGGAGGCCUACAAAGUUUGACUGACUUCUACUUGCCUAAACUUCUAUGGAGAAAAGUUUCAAACCAAGAACUUCUAAGUGCGACAAAUGGAUUCACUGAAAGUACCUUACUUGGAAGUGGAAGUUUUGGCUCAAUUUACAGAGGAACAUUGUCAGACGGUAUGGAGGUUGCCAUAAAGGUUUUCAACUUAGAGUUAGAAGGGGCAUUCGCUAGUUUUGAUAUUGAAUGUGAACUGCUAAGCAAUAUUCGCCACCGGAAUCUCAUCAAAGUGAUCAGCUGCUGCGGCCAGAUUGAUUUCAAAGCUCUUGUGCUGAACUACAUGCCUAAUGGGAGCCUAGACAAAUGGUUGUACUCUCAAAACCUUUCCUUGAACAUCCUUCAGAGGUUGAAUAUAUUGAUUGAUGUUGCAUUGGCACUGGAGUACCUUCAUCACGGUUAUGGAACACUUAUUGUCUAUUGUGAUUUAAAGCCCAGCAAUAUAUUACUAGACGAUGACAUGGGUGCACUUGUUGCUGAUUUUGGCAUUGCAAAACUCGUUGCCACAAUUGGGGUAUAUGGCUCCAGAGUAUGGAAUGGAGGGAAUAGUCACCCGAAGAGGGGAUGUGUAUAG